GCCUCCCCGCCUUGCGCGCGCCCGGCCCCGCGCGCACCGCCCCGCGCCCCGCAGCAGCCGCGCGGCCGGGCGGCCUCGCGCCGCCGAAUUACUGCUAUGGCAACUCAAGUGCUGGGACAGUCUGGUGGGAACAGCCUCUUUCCUGGCAGUGCUAAUAUUGGUAUGGCAUUGUCCAAUGACAUGUAUGACUUACACGACCUUUCUAAAGCUGAGCUUGCAGCUCCUCAGCUUAUUAUGUUGGCAAAUGUGGCCUUGACAGGAGAAGUCAAUGGCAACUGUUGUGAUUACCUGGUUGGAGAGGAGAGGCAAAUGGCUGAACUGACAACAGUGGGAGACAGCAACUUCUCAGACAGUGAUGGAGAGGGUAUGGAAGAAACCCAAGCUGCUGACAGUGACCAUGAGGCGCCUGAAAAUGCAGAAUUAAGCUCUCUUGAAGUUCCUAGUGUGGAAACUCAAGAUGCAGCUGCUUGCACCCCUCCUAAGACUCCCAGUGUAGACAAAGAUGCAUCACUGGAAGCACCAGGUACUCCAGAAAGCACAGAGGACAAGUCUAAGAGCUUGAAGAGCAAGCCGUUUCGUUGUAAGCCUUGCCAGUAUGAGGCGGAGUCUGAAGAGGAGUUUGUGCAUCAUAUCAGGGUUCACAGUGCGAAGAAGUUCUUUGUGGAAGAAAAUGCGGAAAAGCAAGCCCAAGUGAAGGAUUCUGAUUCCUGCACUGCAGAAGAGGUGGAUUUCUCUAAGGGCCCAAUUCGUUGUGAUCGUUGUGGCUAUAACACUAACAGAUAUGAUCACUAUCUGGCUCACUUGAAGCACCACAACAAAGCAGGGGAAAAUGAGAGAGUCUACAAGUGUACCAUAUGUACUUACACUACCGUCAGUGAAUAUCACUGGAAGAAACACCUAAGAAAUCAUUUUCCCAGGAAAGUGUAUACCUGCUCACAAUGCUCCUAUUUUUCAGACCGGAAGAACAAUUAUAUUCAACAUAUUCGAACUCAUACAGGAGAGCGACCCUAUCAAUGCGCUAUGUGUCCUUAUUCCAGCUCUCAGAAGACCCAUUUGACCAGACACAUGCGCACCCACUCAGGUGAGAAGCCAUUCAAAUGUGAUCAGUGCAGCUACGUGGCCUCAAACCAGCACGAAGUAACUCGUCACGCAAGGCAGGUUCACAAUGGGCCAAAGCCUCUGACUUGCCCACACUGUGACUACAAAACGGCUGACCGCAGCAAUUUCAAGAAGCACGUCGAGCUCCACGUCAACCCGCGCCAGUUUCUCUGUCCUGUUUGCGAUUACGCGGCAUCUAAGAAAUGCAACCUGCAGUAUCACAUCAAAUCCAGGCAUCCCGAUUGUUCUGACAUCACCAUGGAUGUUUCGAAGGUGAAGCUACGGACUAAAAAGAGCGAAGCUGACUUCUCUGAGAGCACUAAUGACAAAGCGGAGAAGGAACAAAUGAAAGGGGAUGCGGCUGCGAAGAAAGCUGAGAAAAUUGUGAAAGUGGAGAAAAAAGAUCAUUUGGCAAAGGAGAAGAAGCCAACGAGCAAUGUUUCUGCAGGCCAGGUGACAACCAGAAGUCGGAAAUCAGCUUCAGAAAACAAGCAGGUGGAUGUUAAAACUGAGAAAAAUACGGAGAAAACAUGUAAAACUAAGAAGGUCAAAAGAAAGGCAGAGACCGAAGUAACUUCGUCAAAGGAGGAGCCUGCAACUGAUACCUCAGCAGUAACAAAAAAGAAAAAGAAAGUGGAAGCUAAGCCCAGAGACUGCCAGGAAGCUCAAAGAAGUGACGCUAUAUCAGAGGAGGAGCCUAAAAAGCAAAGUUCUUGCCUCAAGAAAAACAGAAAAAAGAAAGCUCUGAAAAAUAAACAUGGUAAGAAAAGCAGUAAGCUCAAUCAGGAGAAGAUUGAGGAAGAGGAGAUGCCAGAUGAGUGUCCUGUCACAGAAGAAGAUGGAUGCAUGAAGCCUGGCACUGACAUCGGCAACCAGAACAAGCAAGAUCCCACCGACGCAGCGGCGUUAAAUGAUGGUGGCCAUUCUGUCAAGAGGGAGAGCACCAAUCUCAUACAGGACCCAGAACAGCACUGUCUGCCAGCUCAGGAUGCAAACGCAGAAGCUGAGGUAGAGGACCAAGAAAUACCUGUUGUAGCAGGAGAGAGUGAAGCCACUGUUAAUGAAAAAGAGAAGGAGAGAAAGGCGGACAGAGGGGAAGAUGGCUGUUCCGAGGAAUCUUCCCAUGCAGCGUCUUCUGAAAAAAGCUUGGAUGUGCCCAUGGAUGUGGUAGCGGAUGUGGCGCCUGAGGAGUCAGAGGAAACCUCUGUGGGAGAAACUGUGAGUAACUCAGACCCGAUGGACCUGACCAAGACGUGCCUGCCAGCGACGGAACCAAGAGAAGAUGCCGUGCUGGUACCUGCACCCCCAGAAGGGUGUAUGCAAAGUUCUAAAGUAGCUCUGGCCUUAUCAUCUCCGGGUAACACAGCAGUGAACGAGUCUCAGGAAAUGGAUGAGGAUGAGGGCAUCCACAGCCAUGAAGGCAGCGACAUAAGUGACAACAUAUCAGAAGGAAGUGAUGACUCGGGGUUAAAUGGUGCUCGCUCCGUUCAAGAGGAAACAAGUCCAAAGACAUCCCAAGUUGCUGCAGAUGCCCCAGUGGUCAGGGAGAACUAUGUGUGCAUCUUCUGUGACCGCUCCUUUAAAAAGGAAGGGGAGUACAGCAAGCACCUGAAUCGCCACUUAGUCAAUGUGUAUUACCUUGAGAAAGCAACAAAGGGGCAGGAGUAGAAAUUGCUGUGGUUUGGGGAAAUCUUCUUUUGUAAGAUCUUAUACAGCUAAUGUACAGAUAUUGUAGAUUUUUUUUCUCUUUUUUUUUUAGCACAGUUUGCUUUAGUGUCUGCAUUGGUUUGUUUUUUGGUUUAGUUUUGAGGUGUUUUCUUGAAGUCAAAAAUAUUUUUGACAACUUUAUGUGUAAUGGUGAAUUCAGUAACUGUUGGAUCUCUUCAUUAGAGAAGGCAGGUAGGGUGUAUGAGGCUGUGUCCUGCAAAGUCAGUGUAAGCUUCUAGUCUCAUAGCUUAUGCAAUCUGAAAAAUUGAGUUUUAGGAGCAAGACUGUAGCUAAUAAUACACACGUUGGAUGUUUAUAGAGCCAUUAGCGUUAGCUGAUUUUUGUUCUAGCAGCCAAUUCCUUCUCUCUCUCCCCUCAUCCCUUUAUUUUUGUGUGUGUCUUGAUGUUUAAACUGUUAAACUACUUGAUGUUUUUUUCUACCAGGAAGAUAGCUUCUAUUACAUGAAGAGCACUUUGUAAAAGAAAUCAAAGUUGGCUAGUGAUGAACAUAACUGUUUAAGAUAAUUUUGAUUGUGAACAUACAUUUCAGAUCCCCUAAGCGUGAACGGUGAGCCAAAAUCUGGGAGUUGUCUUUCCAACUUUUGAUUGGAGAACCUCUGUCUUGAUUAAUAUCUUAAUGACUAUGAUAGGUAAUUGGCUGUGUUGUGGGGGAGCAAGUUUGUUAUUUUUAAUUUCUGACUCUUUUUUUUUUUU